AUGGCUUCACGGCGCAGCAAAUAUUCAAUCAGCGCGUCUCUUUUCUCUUCCCGACCACCCUCUUCAAUCGUGCUUUGCCACGUGUCGUUUCAGGGCGUGGCGUACACGUACGACGAUUGCAUCUUCCACCCGCGCCACAUCAGCUUCGCCGCGUCUGACGUGGACCUGACGGGGCGCGUGACACGUGGCAUCUCCCUGCGCAUGCCACUUGUCAGCUCCCCGAUGGACACGGUGACGGAGGCGGAAAUGGCGGCGGCGAUGGCGGCGGUGGGGGGGAUGGGGUUUAUCCAUUACAACAACAGCGUGCAGGAGCAAGCGGAUUUGAUUCGGCAGGCGAAGCAGUGGCGCGUGGGAGUGGUCAACGUGCCGCCCACUCUGCCGCCCGCAAGCACUGUGCAGGCGUGGGAGGAGGUGGUGGAGGCGAGCGGGCAGGGCGCGGUGUGCGUGACGGACGACGGCAGUGCGGGCGGCAGGCUGGUGGGCGUGGUCACAAGGAACGACGUUGACUUCGUUGACUCCAGCACGGCACUGCUAUCGGACGUCAUGACGCCUCUUAAAGACCUCGUCACCGCCCCGCCCUCCUGCUCGCAGGAAGACGCCAAGAAGCUUCUCCAGGAGUCGAAGCGCAGCAGCAUCCCGCUAGUGGCGGGGGACGGCGCGCUCAAGGGUCUCCUCACGCGUGCGCUGGUGAAGCAGCAGGUCGCCCUGCCCCCCCGCGGGCCGCCCUCCCUGGCGGCGGACGGCAGGGCGCUGGUGGGCGCGGCUGUGGGCACGAGAGAUAGCGACAGGGAGAGAGUGGCGGCUCUGGUGGAGGCGGGCGUUGAUGCCGUGGUGCUGGACUCGUCUCAGGGCGACUCCUCGUACCAGCUCGCCAUGCUCGCACACUGCAAGCGCCAGUUCCCCGACCUGCAGAUUAUUGCAGGGAAUGUGGUUACCACACGGCAGGCGCGGCGGCUGAUAGAGGGGGGUGCGGACGGCAUUCGGGUGGGCAUGGGGUCUGGUUCUAUCUGCACCACCCAGGAAGUCUGCGCCGUGGGCAGGGGGCAGGCAGCAGCGGUGUUCAAGGUAGCAAGCCUGGCACACGCAAUGGGGGAGGUGCCAGUGAUAGCGGAUGGCGGGGUGAGUAACACGGGGCAUUUCAUCAAGGCCCUCGCCCUCGGCGCCUCCUCUGUCAUGGUUGGAAGCUUCCUCGCAGGCACCGAUGAGGCGCCCGGGCAAACGUACAUUCGGGAUGGUGUACGGGUGAAGAAGUACAGGGGGAUGGGGUCGCUAGCAGCGCAAAAGAAGGGCAGUGACAGCCGGUACCUGGGGGAGGGGGCGCAGCUGAAGGUGGCGCAGGGCGUGGAGGGCGAGGUGAGGGCCAAGGGGUCGCUGCUGCGCCUCCUGCCCUUCACCGCGCACGCUGCCCGCCAGGGCCUGCAGGACCUGGGCGUCCAGUCCGUGGGCGAGCUGCAUGAGGCUCUGCGGGCGGGGGAGAUCAGACUGGAGGUGAGAGGCGUGGGCAGGAAUUGGGGGGGUGGGUGGAAGAGUGGCUAG